AUGGUGUCAGUUACGAAUAACGUGGUUUGUGAUGCUGAAACUUAUCGCAUAUCCAAUAUUUUGCGCAAGCAAUCAUUUUCGGAUUACAAACACGAAACGAGCGAUAGGACUCUUGAAAUGUGGCUGUCGUUAAUGGUUCGAUAUGUAGAAUCGACGACACUUUCUGUCAGGGUAGAAUUAAUUCAGCUCGUAAAUUUAGAUGCUUUGGAUUGUUCUUCUCAAAUUUUUGCAUCAUUUGAAAGAGUAUUGUCGGAAAAGAAGAUCCCUUUAAAUAAUAUAAGAGCUUUAGCGUGCGAUAAUGCACAAGUAAUGGUUGGUAAUAAAUGUUCUUUCAAAACCAAAUUAAAGGAGAAAAGUCCCCUUUUAAUUACUUUACAGUAUGUCUCGCAUUCAUCGGCGAUUGCAGCAAAAUAUUCCUGUGCCACAGUACCAGAUGUAGAUGAUGUGAUUAAAGAAUUGCAAAAAUUCCUGAAUGCUAGCUCCAAAAGAACUGCUAUUUUUCAAAUGAUUAUUUAG